UUUAAGUGCAGUAGAGUUGAAAUGAUAGCUGACAAAAAUUAUGGAAAUAUUAAAUUUAUAUCUUUUUUUCGUAUUAUUUCUGGCUAUACUUUUAUGGAAUAUUUAUAUUUUAUUUAAAUACCAAAUUGAUAGAAGAGGACAUGUGAUAAGACUUAGUGAUGAUGUAGAUAGUGAAGGUCUCCUGGAUAGUAAUAGUCAUCAAAAUGUAAAUCAGUGUGAGUCACCACCUCAAUAUGACACUCUUGCUGAUCCACCAAAGUAUGAUGAAUUGUUUGGAAGUUGUAAUGAUUUUUCAACGAAUCAUUUGUGAUUGUAAAAUAAAUUUUGUAUUAUUAAGACUGAGUUUGAUAGACAUAAGUUUUAUUAUUAAAAUUGCUAUAUUUUUCAAGAACCGGCAGUGUCAAUUUCACCAAAAUUGUCUAACAUCAGCGAAUUUCUGAAAAAUAAAAGUGACUUCAGUUUUUUGUUUAAAUGUCAUUAAGGGUCGUUCACUUAUGACGUCCGAAAUUAAUGGUCAUUUUUUG